GGGUACAUAAUGCAUCUCGCGUUUCACCAACUGCUUCUCUCUCUUUCUCUCUCUCAUAAUCAGAGUCCAAAGGGAACCAAACCUAUAACGCAAACGAGACCUUCAAAUCUCUCGCUCUCCUAUCGUCUCCUCAUAUAUCCUCAAAUCAAAACCUAUAAAAGAAACCUGUUUUCGAAAUCUUCCCUCUAAUUUCUUCCCCGUUUCUCAAUUUUGCUAUAUUCUUCUACUACGAUCGGGCUAAAUCAACCCUAGAUUGUAUUUCUGGCCCAAGAUUGAACUUUUUCUGUAUAGAUCUGAGUGUUGAUCCAUCUUUUUUAGUUUAAAGAAAAUCCAAAUCGUUGAUAUUUUAAAAGAUAAUAUUUCGGUUGAAUUAGGUGAGAUCGAGGUAUCUAGCUGUGAGAAUUAUUGAGAAAAGAAGGGGAAGAGGAUUUUUGGGAGGGUUAUUGACGUGGUGAGGAACAAGAAGAGAAAAUGGCAGAGCAAGGAAGCUUGGAAGGAAGCCAACCUGUGGAUCUUUCCAAGCACCCUUCUGGCAUUGUUCCCACUCUUCAGAAUAUUGUAUCAACAGUGAACUUAGAUUGUAAGCUCGAUCUCAAGCAAAUUGCAUUGCAAGCACGCAAUGCUGAAUAUAACCCAAAGCGUUUUGCUGCUGUCAUUAUGAGAAUUAGGGAACCAAAAACUACAGCAUUGAUUUUUGCCUCUGGGAAGAUGGUGUGUACAGGUGCAAAAAGUGAACAGCAGUCAAAAUUGGCAGCAAGGAAGUAUGCUCGAAUUAUCCAGAAGCUUGGGUUUCCUGCCAAGUUCAAGGAUUUCAAGAUUCAGAAUAUUGUCGGUUCCUGUGACGUGAAGUUCCCUAUCAGACUUGAAGGUCUGGCAUACUCUCAUGGUGCUUUCUCAAGCUAUGAACCUGAGCUCUUUCCAGGCCUAAUUUAUCGCAUGAAGCAGCCAAAAAUUGUGCUGCUUAUUUUUGUCUCGGGAAAAAUUGUGAUCACAGGAGCCAAGGUAAGGGAUGAGACAUACACAGCGUUUGAGAAUAUAUACCCUGUCCUUACUGAGUUCAGGAAGGUCCAACAAUGAUAAACAUUGGAUUUGGGGGAUUGAGUGUUGCUUUGAGGGCUAUGGUUGGGGUGGUUUCAAGUGUGCAUAUGUGGAGUGGUUUUGGCUGCUAUGGCUGAUAAGCUGUGGGUCAGUUGCUAGGGUAUUUUAUCCAGUGGAUAAUUUGAUCAAGAAUGUAACCUGUAAUUAGUGAAUUGGAUCAGGAGUUAGGCGAGGAGAUGAAGAAGUUAAAGAACAUGAUUUGUCUAAUCUUGGACGAGUUUAAUAUCACAGUCGUAGUUCCAAUUUUGUCUGGAAACUUGCAUUUUCUUCCUUAUUUAUGGGAUGUUUUUCUAGUUUAA